AUGUCUACACGCACCUACAGAGAUGCCAUAGAGCAUCUCAACUCGCUACAGUCCAACGCCGCCACAAUAGAGGCAUCCAGAGCUUCUGGAGGACGCCUCGCCCAAUUCGCCAUCCCAGAGACCAAGGAAUAUCUGCAGAGAAUAGGCUACGAGCCCGAAGAGUUGAACAAACUGAAUGUGAUCCAUAUUACCGGGACCAAAGGCAAAGGAUCUACCUGCGCCUUCGCUGACUCGAUUCUUCGCCAUGCUAAACCAUCUUGGAAAGUCGGACUCUAUACGUCUCCUCACUUGGUCGCCGUUCGAGAACGGAUACGAGUCAACGGCGCACCAAUAUCGGAGGAAGACUUUGCUCGUUUCUUCUUCGAAGUGUGGGAUCGACUACAACAGAAUACUACACGCCAAUUUGAAAGCACACCGCUCAUGCCUGCUUACUUCCGCUACGUGACUUUAGUGGCCUAUCAUGCCUUUCUUUCGCUCAAGGUCGAUGCCACCAUUCUGGAAGUCGGAGUAGGCGGAACAUAUGAUUGCACGAACAUCGUCCCUCGUCCUAUAGUCACCGGAGUCUCUGCGCUUGGAAUCGACCACACAGCCGUCCUCGGAAAGACACUCGCGGAAAUCGCAUGGCAGAAGGGUGGAAUCUACAAGGAAGGCGUACCAGCUUUGACGGUCAACCAACCAGGAGAAGGCCUACAGGUUCUCAAGAAGCAGAGCGAAGAUCUCAAGGCCUCAGAAUUCACAGUCGUCCCUCUAACCCCCGAGCUCGCCGACAUCAAGCUCGGCCUCGCCGGAACCCACCAACUCCAAAACGCCAACCUCGCGGUCCACCUCGUCCGUAAAUUCUUCCAAAUCCUCGAACCAGAAUCAACGCACGUACAAGCACAAUCUAUCGACUCCUCGACUCCCGAGACGCAAGCUAUCACCGCACUACCACUCCCGCCUGUAUGGGUCAAAGCGCUCGAGUCUUCUCGUUGGCCGGGUCGCUGCCAAUCUGUGAAUGACCCGAACGAGGAAUAUGGGGGUACGAGGUGGUUCCUCGAUGGUGCGCAUACGGUAGAGAGUUUGGAUUGUUGUGUGCAGUGGUUUGUCGCGCCAGGGCUUGCGUUGGCCGCAGGAGGGAACUCGAAACAAAGACCCCGCGUACUCAUUUUUAACUGCACGAAUGGCCGUUCUGGGUCAUCAUUCCUCGGUACUGUCCUCGCAAAGAUGAAAACCCAACUCCAACUCCACGGAUCGAAAGAAGAGCCCGAGACGUUCUUUGACCAUGUCGUGUUUUGUGCGAACGUCACCUACGCCGAUGGGGGGUUCAAGGGCGAUCUGACGACUCACGCUAUAGCCGAGUCAGAUCUCGCUCAGCUCAAAACCCAGCAAGACCUCGCGUCCGCAUGGAAAGCCCUCGUACCUUCCUUCGCCGCAUCCAACGUCCACGUUCUCCCCUCUAUCGAACACGCCGUUAGGAUCGUUCGCGGUGUAAGCGGGAACGACAAGAAAGGCGUAGACGUACUAGUGGCAGGAAGUCUGCACCUCGUCGGGGGUGUGAUCGAAGUAGCGGAUUUGGCGAGUGUUGCGUUGUGA